AAACACCAAGCCGACAACUGACCGACCGACACAACCCUUUUUCCAAUUCGAACUUGGCCAGCAACGAUAAACAACCGAUCAUGGCUGUGAUCGCGAAUGCGUCAGCAGCACAACAACACCAACAACAACAACGCAGACAAGUGGCAACAACAACAGCAGUAUUGGCCAAGAGAACAACAACAACAAUGACGGCUACUACAACGAGAAGUCGAGACCGGACGAAAAGCGCAGCUCAAAUAACAACAACGUCGUCGCAUUUGCUCAAGCGCGCCAUUUCAGCGCCUCAAUGGAUACCGCUCUUUAUAUUAAUAUAUUUAGCAACAGAUGUCGCCUCGGUGGAGGUGCCGACCAAGGAGGCGUACUUUAAUGGCUCCACUUACCUCCGCCUGACCACGCCGAUGCCCAUUUGGGACCAUUCGGCGAUUAGUUUCCGCUCGUGCCGCGGCGGUGAGAUCCUCGCCCAGCAGUACAACAAAAACUCAAUCGUAAUCUCAGUGCUCAACGACUUUCUGCAAAUAUCACUGGCGGGACCCGCUGUCCACGGCCCCAACAACCGGCUGGAUGUCAAGCUGCCCUACCAACUGCUCGACAACCGCUGGCAUACGCUCCAGUUCAAGUACGAGUACGGCAAUCUCUAUCUCCAUGUGGAUCGUGCGGCAAGCAUAUUUGCCAACUCCACCUACAACAGCCAAUUCCUCACCAACCAAGACAUCGGCUACAAGGAUGCCAUCUUGAUAUUGGGCAACUCCUUCUCCGGCUGCCUCCUCGACGGACCUGGCUUGCAGUUUGUGAACAACUCCACCGUCCAGAACGUGGUCUUUGGAGUGUGUCCCUUGACCCCGGGCCCCUGCAGCGAUCAUGAUCUCUUCACCCGACUGCCGGACAACUACUGUCUGAACGAUCCAUGCAUGGGCCACGGAACCUGCUCCUCCAGCCCGGAGGGCUACGAGUGUCGGUGCACGGCCCGGUACUCCGGGAAGAACUGCCAAAAGGACAAUGGAUCGCCGUGUGCCAAGAAUCCGUGCGUGAAUGGAGGAUCCUGCUUGGAGAACUCGCGCGGGGACUACCAGUGCUUCUGUGACGCCACCCAUAGUGGCCAGCACUGUGAGACGGAGGUGAACAUCCACCCACUGUGCCACACGAAUCCCUGCCUGAACAACGGCGCCUGUGUGGUCAUCGGAGGGAAUGUGGCCUGCGAGUGCCCCAAGGGAUAUGCGGGUGGCAGGUGCGAGAUCGACACCGACGAGUGCGCCUCGCAGCCGUGCCAGAACAACGGGAGCUGCAUCGACCGGAUUAAUGGGUUCAGCUGCGACUGCUCCGGAACUGGGUACAUGGGCGCCUUCUGCCAGACGAACAUCAACGAGUGCGACAAGAAUCCCUGCCUGAAUGGCGGCCGGUGCUUCGACACCUACGGCUGGUACACCUGCCAGUGCCUGGACGGAUGGGGCGGCGAGAUCUGCGAUCGACCGAUGACCUGCCAGACGCAGCAGUGCCUCAACGGUGGAACCUGCGUGGACAAGGCCAUCGGCUUCCAGUGCAUCUGUCCGCCGGAGUACAGUGGAGAGCUGUGCCAGCUGGCACCCAGCUGCGCCCAGCAGUGUCCCAUCGACUCGGAGUGCGUGGGCGGCAAGUGCGUGUGUAAGCCAGGAACAUCGGGCCCAAUUGGUCACUGUCUGCCGACAACAACAACACCAGAACCAGAACCGAUACUAGAACAAUUGCCAACAACAACAACAAUGACAACAACAAGAACCACAACAGCAAUCCCUAUCCCAGCUAGCUUAAAUACCUUAACCACAACAAAGAUACCUCCAAUAACAACAAGUACAACAACCACAAAAUCAACAACAACAAUUAGCAAUAAACUUCAACAACAACAACAACAACAACAACAGCCACCAACUCAACGAUCGGCCUCCCUGAAUGCAUGUCCCCAAAAUAACUGCUUGAACGGUGGCACCUGUCUGGGCUAUAGUAGCAAUUAUACCUGUAUAUGUGCUAGUGGAUACACAGGUUACAACUGUCAGACCAGCACCGGCGAUGGCGUAGCUGCUUUGGCCCUCACCCCCAUCAACUGCAAUGCCACCAAUGGCAAGUGCCUGAACGGAGGCACUUGCUCCAUGAACGGCACCCAUUGCUAUUGCGCCGUGGGAUACUCCGGAGAUCGCUGCGAAAAGGCUGAAAACUGCUCCCCAUUAAACUGCCAGGAGCCGAUGGUGUGCGUCCAGAACCAGUGCCUCUGUCCGGAGAACAAGGUGUGCAAUCAGUGCGCCACCCAGCCGUGUCAGAAUGGAGGCGAGUGCGCCGAACUGCCGAACGGGGACUACGAAUGCAAGUGCACCCGCGGAUGGACUGGACGGACAUGUGGCAACGAUGUGGACGAGUGCACGGUGCACCCGAAGAUCUGCGGAAAUGGAAUCUGCAAGAACGAGAGGGGAUCCUACAAGUGCUACUGUACUCCUGGAUUCACCGGCAUUCACUGCGACUCAGAUGUGGACGAGUGCCUGAGCUUCCCGUGCCUCAAUGGAGCCACGUGCCACAACAAGAUCAAUGCCUAUGAAUGCGUCUGCCAGCCGGGCUACCAAGGCGAGAACUGCGAGGUCAAUAUUGACGAGUGCGAAAGCAAUCCCUGCUCGAAUGGAUCCACCUGCAUCGACAUGAUCAACAACUUCACCUGCUCCUGCAUCCCGGGAAUGACGGGUCGCAUUUGCGACAUCGAUAUAGACGACUGUGUGGGAGAUCCCUGCUUGAACGGAGGUCACUGCAUCGAUCAAUUGGGCGGAUUCCGAUGCGACUGCAGUGGAACGGGCUACGAGGGAGAGAACUGCGAACUGAACAUCGACGAGUGCAUCUCGAAUCCGUGCACCAACGGUGCCAAAUGUGUCGACCAGGUUAAGGACUAUCUGUGCGAGUGCCACGUGGGCUACAAGGGCAAGAACUGUGAGCAGGAUAUCAACGAGUGCGAGAGCAAUCCCUGCCAGUACAACAGCCAGUGCCUGGAGCGAUCCAACACGACUCUCUACCAAAUGAGUCGCACCACCGACCUGCCAAAGGUCUUUAGCCAAUCGUUUAGCUUUGAAAACGCCAGUGGAUACGAAUGCGUCUGUGUCCAGGGAAUUACUGGAAAAAAUUGCGAAAUAAAUAUAAACGAAUGCGAGAGCAAUCCCUGCAGCAAACACGGAAAUUGCAAUGAUGGGAUUGGAACGUAUACCUGCGAGUGCGAUCCUGGCUUCGAGGGCACCCACUGCGAAAUAAACAUAGACGAGUGCGAUCGCUACAAUCCCUGCCAGACCGGCACCUGUGUCGACGAAAUCAACGACUACAAGUGCGACUGCGAUGCCAACUUUGGUGGCAAGAACUGCUCAGUGCCUCUGAUCGGAUGCCGCACAAAUCCUUGUUUAAACGACGGCACCUGUCUCCCUUACCUGGUGAAUGAGACUAUCCAUCGGUAUAAUUGCACCUGCGAGAACGGAUUCCAGGGUAACACUUGCGAGAAGACCACAACGCUGUCCAUGGUGGCCACCAGCUUGAUUUCCGUAACCACGGAACGAGAGGAGGGCUACGACAUCAACCUACAGUUCCGGACAACUCUACCCAACGGAGUGCUGGCCUUUGGAACUUCGGGAGAAAAGAACGAGCCUGUUAGCUACAUACUGGAGCUGAUCAACGGAAGACUGAAUCUGCACUCCUCGUUGUUGAACAAGUGGGAGGGUGUCUUCAUUGGCUCCAAGCUGAACGACAGCAACUGGCACAAAGUUUUCGUGGCCAUCAACACAUCGCAUCUGGUGCUUUCGGCCAACGACGAGCAGGCCAUCUUCCCUGUGGGUUCUUAUGAGACGGCCAACAACAGCCAGCCCUCGUUCCCGCGUACCUACCUCGGGGGAACCAUACCCAACCUGAAGUCCUAUCUGCGCCACCUCACUCACCAGCCCUCGGCUUUUGUCGGGUGCAUGCAGGACAUUGUGGUCAACGGAAAAUGGAUCUUCCCGGACGAGCAGAGUGCCAACUAUACCUAUGGAGACACCAAGUUGGAAAAUGUCCAGAGCGGCUGUCCACGAACGGAACAAUGCAAACCAAAUCCCUGCCAUUCGAAUGGCGAGUGCACGGAUCUGUGGCACACCUUCGCCUGUCACUGUCCAAGACCCUUCUUCGGGCACACCUGCCAGUACAAUAUGACUGCUGCCACUUUUGGACACGAGAACACCACCCACUCGGCUGUAAUUGUGGAGACGACGGAUGUUGCCAGGCGGGCCAUUCGGUCCAUACUAGAUAUAUCCAUGUUUAUUCGCACCCGCGAACCCACUGGCCAAGUCUUCUACUUGGGCAGUGAUCCUCGCAAGGCACCCACUAAAAACAUUGGUGACUCAUAUGUGGCAGCCAAGCUGCAUGGUGGCGAACUGCUAGUGAAGAUGCAGUUCAGUGGAACCCCGGAGGCAUACACCGUCGGUGGCCAAAAGCUGGAUAACGGCUACAACCAUCUGAUCGAGGUGGUGCGCAACCAGACGCUCGUGCAGGUCAAACUCAAUGGCACCGAGUACUUCCGCAAGACACUGUCGACGACGGGUCUGCUGGACGCACAGGUGCUCUACUUGGGUGGUCCUGCACCUACGCGCGAAUCCCAGCUAGGAGUAACCACAGAACCGAUACCCGGAUCGAUGGCGAUUCCAGGCACUGGAGGGGUUCCCAUACCGCCAGAGGAUACCGCAGUGCCCAAGGAGGCUGAUGAUAGUCGCGACUACUUCAAGGGCAUUAUCCAGGACGUCAAGGUGAGCAACGGGUCGCUCAACCUGAUUGUGGAGAUGUAUCCCCUGAACGCCACGGAUGUCCAAGUAAAUGCCAAGCCCCUGGGAGCUGUCCAAAUCGAUAAGCGAUCCGUUUUGGCGGGAGAGGUAUCCGACGAUCUGUGCCGCAAGAAUCCUUGUCGGCACAAUGCCGAGUGCCGCAACACCUGGAACGACUACAGCUGCAAGUGCCCCAAUGGCUACAAGGGAAAGGACUGCCAGGAGAUCGAAUUCUGCCAGCUGGUCACGUGCCCAGGCGAGAGUGUCUGCCAGAAUUUGGACGAUGGCUACGAGUGCCUCACGAACAUUACAUUCACUGGUCAGGAGCGCUCCCCACUAGCCUUCUACUUCUUCCAAGAGCCUCUAUCGGAGGAGAUUGUGGGCGAGACAGCCCCCAAACAAGCUCUGAAACCGGUCAUCGAUAUAGCCUACCGCACCCGUGCCGGAGGAACUCUUCUGUUUAUCGACAAUGGGGAUAGCUUCUUUGAGAUCGGGGUGAAUGGAGGUCGUGUGACUGUGGCCUGGAAACUGAGUAAAAUCCUUUAUGGAUUCUCGGCUCAUUUCGAUAAGGAGAACACUGAUGGCGAGUGGAGCAGAAUCUAUAUUCGAGCCCACAAUGGAAAGCUGGAGGGCGGCUGGAAAGGCUGGGAGUCAAUGGUGGACCCUGCGCCCGCCUUCUCAAAUGACAUUGAACAGGGAGCCAUUCAGUCGCUAAUCGCCAGCAGCAACCAGAUUUAUUUGGGCGGCAUGCCAGAAUCCCGGCAGGCUCGAGGAACCACUCAGUCUGCCCAGCAAGGCUCGCAAUUCAAGGGAUGUGUAGGCGAGGCUCGAGUAGGCGAUCUCCUGCUUCCCUACUUCACCAACACCGAUCUCUAUCCACACACAGAGAAUGUAUCUGUUCAGUUGAAGGCCCAGUUCCGGUUAAAUGCCACCCGCCCGGAGGAGGGCUGCAUCCUGUGCUUCCAGACGGAUUGCAAGAACAACGGAUUCUGCCGUGCUCCGUCCGAUGAGUAUGCCUGCACCUGCCAGGCCGGCUUCGAGGGGGAUGACUGUGGCACAGAUAUCGAUGAGUGUCUGGACACCGUGUGCCAGAACAACGGAACGUGUGUCAACCUGGUGGCGGACUUCCUCUGCCAAUGCGAGCCAGGAUUCGAGGGCAAGCACUGCGAGCUGAACAUUGACGAGUGUGCCGAACAGCCCUGCCAAAAUGGUGGAAACUGUACGGAUUUGAUUGCUGGUUUCUUGUGCGACUGCCCGGAGGAUUAUACGGGUGUCCAGUGCGAAGUCCUCAAGCAGAUGACCUGCGAGAACGAACCUUGCCGGAAUGGAUCCACUUGCGACAAUGGUUUCAAUGCAUCAACUGGAAACAAUUUCACGUGUACUUGUGCCUCUGGAUUUGAGGGUCCCCUGUGUGACCUUCCCUUCUGCGAACGGACUCCUUGUGACAAUGGAGGGCUCUGCCUGACCACUGGACCUAUUCCAAUGUGCAAGUGCAGUCUGGGUUACACGGGUCGACUGUGCGAGCAGGACAUCAAUGAGUGUGAGUCCAAUCCCUGCCAGAAUGGUGGCCAAUGCAAGGACCUUGUGGGCAAGUACGAGUGUGACUGCCAAGGCACUGGUUUUGAGGGUCUGCGCUGUGAAAACGACAUUGACGAGUGCAGUGUGGAGGGCGAGUACUGCGGAGGACUGGGUCGCUGCUUCAACAAGCGCGGCUCCUUCCAGUGCAUCUGCCAGAAGCCGUACUGCGGUGCCUACUGCAACUUUACGGAUCCCUGCAAUGCCACGGACCUCUGCGCCAAUGGCGGUCGCUGUGUGGAAAGCUGCGGUGCCAAGCCUGAUUACUAUUGUGAGUGCCCGGAGGGUUUCGCUGGCAAGAACUGCACAGCACCGAUAACCGCCAAGGAGGACGGACCCUCGACCACAGACAUCGCCAUCAUUGUAAUUCCCGUGGUUGUGGUGCUACUACUGAUCGCAGGAGCCCUGCUAGGCACCUUCCUGGUAAUGGCUCGGAACAAGCGUGCCACUCGCGGCACUUACAGUCCCAGCGCCCAGGAAUACUGCAAUCCGCGCCUGGAAAUGGACAAUGUGCUGAAACCCCCGCCGGAAGAGCGUCUCAUUUAGUUUCGAGAAGAUCGAUUAGCAAAACGAACGAUAUUUUUAAAUCCGCCCAUAUAUGUACACCUAACUGUAGGAGUAAUGCAAUGUUUUUCUAUUAAGUUCGCCCCGUAAUUAUUAUUAAAAUUUAUAUCUUAAGGUGCUCAAAGCAACAGCAGCAGCAGCAGUAGCCUCCGAUUCCCCCUGCCUAUGCGUUAGUUAGUUAAUGAUGCCGUUGUCUAUUUAUUCUAGUAGUUUAUAUGACGAUCGUAUCGCUCUUUAGUCGUUAUGUAGUUUCGUUCCAAUAGGUUAGACUCAGUAUUCGAUUUCUCGUACAUUUAAUCCUAAGCUGCGAACAAAGUUGAGCCCUAAAACACCAAUCCCCCCAAGCACUUUUACAUUCCGAGCGAAAGCCCUACAAGUGCAUUGUACGACUAUUUUUGUAAAUAGAUUUGCCGAUUCCUACACUUAUUAUUAGCUGAGCUAAAAGCGACGAGAAAUGAACCCUAUAUGCCUAUAUAUACGAGAGUAUAUAUCAGUAAAUGUGGCCUUAUGUAAUAAAAGAAGCAUAAUAUAGUAACGAAAUCAUUUUCAAACAAUAAGAACUUGAGAAACUACGAGUAUUUUGUUAAGCAAUUCAAGUAAAAAGACAUAUUUUGCUCUAGAACUUCUAAGCGUAAACUUAAGAGACUGUACUAUAUAAUAAUUAUUAAAUAUUUCGACUUUUUUCCAAA